GCUGUGUCUCUCAGUGCGGCACGAGAGCUUCCUCUUGGCGGUCGCGGCAGCGCGCGCUGUCUCACGUGUGCAACAAAAGGAAAUCGGAAUGAGGUGACGCAAUAGCCGCGGUACACGAUCACGACUUACUCAGAAGCGUUCGAGAGAUUCGCUGCUACUGCACCGAGCACUCACAUUUGCGUGUGGAACUGAUAAAUUAUCCCGAUGUGACUUUCGAUUUAUAAAAUCUUUUGAUGAUACAAGCAACCUGAGGAGCUAUGACAGCGAGACUUGUCAGCAGCAGCAACAACAACAACAACAACAAAAACAAGCACAACAACAACAACAACAACAAGGACAACAGCGGAGGAAUUUCUGUGGGAGUGGGCAGCAGGCCGUCAGACGGGCGCAGAGCGAACAAGCCCUUGAUGGAGAAGAGGAGGCGUGCGAGGAUCAACCAGUCCCUGGCUGUGCUCAAGACCCUGAUCCUGGACUCGGCUAGGCUAGAGCAGAACACAAAACACUCCAAACUGGAGAAGGCCGACAUCUUGGAGCUGACAGUUCGACAUCUCCAGCGACAGAGGGCUCUGGGAUCGGCGGUUCUCAACAAGUACAGAGCCGGCUUCCAGGAAUGCACGAGAGAGGUGAGCCGGUUUCUGGAAUCGUCUGACUUGGCCUUGACGCCCGGCGCCCCGACGCCCGCCCUGGACCCGGCCAUAAAGCAGCGUCUUCUGAGACACCUGGACACCUGCGUCGCCGAACUAGACAUGGACUUCUGUCCGGAGGGCGACAGAGACGCUGUUAAGGCAGAAGCGGACAGCGAGGCGCGUCCUGACAGCAGCACCACGGUCGGCGGCGACGAGAACAACAAUGGGGCUGCCAGCAGUUCAGGGGACAAGGACACUCCGCAGCCCACCGAAGCCGACAGAAGUCCGGAGACCGUGACGGCUGUGGCUACUACGUCAUCGCCCAGCUCAGCGACCUCGAACAUGCUCUCCGUUGUGCAGGUGAUACCAUCUCGACUGCCGGACGGACAAGUCGUCUUUCUCCUUCCCAGCCACUACGUGCAGUUGGCGGCAGCUGCUGCUGCUUCAGAAGUUGGCAGCCCUGCAACAUCUUCUACAGCGACGGCGUGGGCAAUUAGCAACGACAAAAUCUGCAUCGAGAACAACGCAAGCAUUGUUCCUAUCGAUGACUCGAUCGAUAGCGAGUCCUUGUCAGAUCAACCGAUCGAUUUUACCAUUGCUAAGAGGAGAGAGAACGGGAUACUGGAGGAUGUCAAGGAGGAAGGGCCCGUGUGGAGACCGUGGUAGGAGUGUCCGCGUCGAACCUGUGGGAGAAUGCCUAGUGGCACUCAUUUGUUUAUGGGCAACAAAACCCAAGCCUCUCAUUCGCGUCGGUUGCCAUGACGACGGGCGGAGCGUCGCUUCGAUUGUACAAUCGCUGCAUGAAAGAAACAGGGCUGUUGGACGUUUCCCAUAUUUCCAUUUCCAAAGAAAAAAAAGUCCCUGGAGGAUAACGUAAUUUCAUAUUACGGUAAUUUUAAUUGUUUUGGCGAAACACACUCCACAUCGUCACAACCUGUUAUCGAUUUUACAUGCGGCUAUUGCGAUUAAUCGAUUAGUCAGUCUGCUUAAGCCAUACGGCAGAGUGGUAUCUAUACGUGCCACCUUCUUUAAUAAUCUGUAACAAUUGCAUAUUCCCCACAUAGUGUAAUUAUGUGUUUUGUAUGGAUCUGAAAAUAAGCAAGUUUAUUUCCUUAAACAGCGUUAACCAGUUGAUCUCCGUAAUGGUGAAGUGUAGUGUUUUCUUCGCGGUACGGACUGAAUUCU